AUAAACAGUACUUUGAAGCACAACUGUUUGUUUAGGUGAAGCAGCAAGAGUAGCCUUCUUCAAUCUAAGAACUCGCUACGCCAGAAACCUUAAAAGAAAACGAUCUUUCAAGUUAAAAAAUACAAGAGACCCUGAAGCCAAUCCUGAUGAACCAGCUGAUGAAGAAGAACUUUAUCCUUUCCUAUCCUGGCUGGAGACACACAUUAAGUCACGUUCAUCAUAUGGUACAAGCAGCCGCACAACCAUCAAUGUCAAUGCUUAUGGACACGAAGACUCAGAGGAGGAGGAAUCCAUUGUAGUCAGUCAUGAAGAAUCCAUGCAUACAGAUGUGAAAAACUUUACCAGCAAUAAUUUACGACCAAAGAAAAAAGCAAGGUUACUUAAAGGAAAAGCAAGAUUCAACCAUGAAAUACCAUCUGGACCAGCAGAAAUGCAUAGUGUGCAACCCUUUGGGCCAUCAAUAGUAAGGAACAUGACAAAUCCAAAUGACAUAAGUAGAUAUGAAGAUGAAAUCUUCAGUGCUUUCAUUGUAUCCCAGCUCCGUCAUAUUCCCCAUCACAAGAAACUACUGCUAAAAAUGCAGAUAUCUAACUUAAUAUAUAAUGAGAUGCUUGCCUCCUUAUCGGCAUGGGAACAUCCAUCAACAAAUAACAUGUUGCCACAACCAUCUGUACCACAUACUACUGCAGCUACAUCAGGGGUGCAAGCACAAGACACUGCAGACUUCCCUAAUGAAAUACAUUCACCACAAGAGACACAUUCAGAAGAGCCAUUGCAAACAACAGCAGUCAUACCAAACAGCACUGAGCUACAACAAGCUACGGUAACUUUACCUAAAACUGCACAACCUCUUCAAGCUGUGACCUUACCUAUUUCAGACACUUCAAACUACACGCCACAGCUGUCACAAGUGACUGUAACACUACCUCAAACAGUUCGACCAAUACAUGCCACUGUUAGUCCUGAACCACCACAUAGGAUCAGUGUGAAUCCAACGUGGAGUAGAUUGCAACUACAGCAGCAAAGACAGAGAGAAUGUAGUGCAGGAAACCCAUAGGCAGAGUAUGUUUUUAGACUUCAAUACAUUUAUCUCUACGUUAGACAGAAAUCAUCAGCAUACGAUAUGCAAUCCCCAUGUACAAUGACAGUGAGGUGGACGCUGUUAUAAUAGACAUGAAUCCAUAGUAACAAGAAGGCUGUAAAGCAAUAUGCAUGUAUCCAUGGCAACACUCUAAGUUUGUACGCUUUUCAUAAAUUAUUUAUAUUGAACAAUCGUUGAGUUUCUGUUGAUGUGUUCAAAAGAAAGAUUGAUAUGUAGGUCAUCUUUUCAAGAGAAGAUUUUCUAGUUUCCUUUGCUAMAUACUGUAACCUUUCUAAUUGUAAAAAUAAAAUAACAUGCAAUAAAAUGAUGUGAUUUACUGUGGGGCACUAUUACAUACAUAGGAAAAGCCACAGUAAAUUCACUGUAGUGUUAAAAUAACACCUGACACAAUAACUACUGAUUCUCUGUGAACUGAUUCUAUAUAAAAUAAACAAUGGAAUGGUGUAAYAUUCCUUCAUUUCAGUGUUGCGCCUUUGAAUUAUGAAGGCUCAAUCUUACAAUAUACUCAUGACAAUGACGUCAAGGAAGGCUUCCUAAGAUAUACGAACUUUGAAGUCGCUUAAUMAURGCUUCAUGACAUGAAAUUUAUCAUAGUCAAAGUAGAGAAUACCGAUAUUCCCAGAUGGUGUUUAUGAAAACACUUAUUGAGCCUYGAAUGACACRAAUUUUGUUUUGAAAAUAAAAUCAAUAUGAAGAAAAUAAUAGUUCUGCAAAGUGCCACUGGAUGCAGGCUUCUAAUUUCAGAGAAMUUUUAUGCYAAUUUGAUGAUGUMAAGUUGUUAGCUCAUUGAUUAUACAAAAUUGUCUGAUUGUCACCUUAUUGUUUUGUAGAAGAUAUUUGUUAUGUAUACUAAUCAAAAACAAUCUUUCACAGUUUGACAUGGGUAAACUUAGGAACACUUGUUACAAAACACAGUUGAAAUUYUAUAGAGCACACAAAAUGACGUCAUCAAAUUAGCAUAAUGGAUUUUUAACUUCAAUUUUCUCUGAAAUUUGAAGCCCUGCAUCAAGUGGUAUUAGCCAAGCUGUUACUCUUUUUCUAUUGAGACUCUAUUUUUCA